CAAUUCCCAGGGUUAAAGGUUACACGGAAGUUCAUUCGGCGGCAAGGCGUGAGGGUAAUUCAUUGUAGCCUGCAAAGAACAACAGUGUUAGGUGAAAAUAGAGAACUUCGUCACAUUUAAGCAGAAAUGAGUUUACCGCUGAAUCCGAAGCCAUUCCUGAACGGCCUAACCGGCAAACCGGUUAUGGUCAAACUGAAGUGGGGAAUGGAAUACAAAGGUUACCUCGUAUCCGUAGAUAGCUACAUGAAUAUGCAGCUGGCAAACACAGAGGAGUAUGUAGACGGAGCGUUAGCGGGACAUCUGGGAGAAGUUUUGGUUCGGUGUAACAAUGUUCUGUACAUCCGAGGAGUGGAGGAGGAGGAGGAGGACGGAGAAAUGAGAGAAUGAUGAAGACACAUCACCCCCCUACACACACACACACACACACACAUACCUACCACAACUGCUGAAAUUACUUUUUUUUUUAUGUCAUUCUCUGUGGACUGUUUUUGACUGGUUUUGGACUGUUUCUUUAAAAAUUGACUUUUUUGAUGUUGUUGACCUUGAAAAUAAAUGAUGGUGAUUAUGUUUUUCCUAUA